AUGCCGGAGCCUCCCCCGCAAAACCUCGAUGGGCUCCCCGCUGGGAUGGAUAUGAACACAUACUCGCAUUACUACUAUUCCACGUACUACCCAGAAUAUUAUGCCAAACUGAAGGCUUCGGCCUCCGAACAAUCACACAGCCUGAGCUCCUUGGUUUCGGCCUCCAAUUUGCAGACAUCGCCGGCCAUGGGCCCGGCUCCGUCUGCAGCGGCCGGCCCACUGAUUGGCCCGGCAUUGGGGUCCAGGGUUGCAGGGGAAAAGGCAUUCCGGCAAAUGUCGCAUUACUUUAAUUACGAGGCCUACAAUGAUGCCAUAAACCAAGAUAUGAAGGACGGAAAAAGGACGCCCCUAAAGCUCACCCGUAAAGAGGUCAAUGUCCUCAAACAGCGCAAAAUGGAGAGAAAGAAAAAACGGAUGCUCGAUUGGCUGUACAAUGAUUGA